CAAGAUGGCAGAAAGUGUGACUGAGCAACCUGUUCUCAAUGCAACUUUAAAUGAGACUGCUGGUAAUGGAACCGGUAAAAUACCCGCCACACCGGAGGGUAUGGCCGUUGCAUAUACCAGUUUAUUUAUUAUGGCAGUUUUUCCCAUUUUCAUCGGUUCUCUGCGUUCUGUGAAAUACCAUAAGGAGCAAAAGGAGUCUGGAGAAAAACCAGAAACUAUGUCGUCAAAAGAUGCAGCUAUGUUUCCCAUUAUAGCUAGCUGUACACUGUUUGGAAUCUAUUUGGUAUUUCAGAUAUUUUCCAAGGAGUACAUCAACCUGUUGUUAACAUUUUACUUCUUCGUAUUGGGUGUCCUUGCUUUGGCACAUAUAGGAGGACCAUUUGUGACCAAAUUGCUGCCGGCAUCAUUUCCAAAUAUGGAUUAUCAUCUGAUAUUCACUCAAGGAAAGGCAGAAAAGAAAGAAGAAAUAAUGAAUUACGAAUUUGACCGCAAAGACCUUUCUUGUUUGUUGGUUUGCACUGCCAUUGGUGUUUGGUACCUGGUUAAGAAGCACUGGAUAGCAAACAACUUGUUUGGGCUUGCCUUUGCCGUCAAUGGAGUUGAACUGCUGUCCCUCAACCGCAUCAGCACCGGCUGUAUCUUGUUGGGAGGUCUGUUCGUCUAUGACAUAUUCUGGGUAUUUGGUACCAACGUAAUGGUAACUGUUGCUAAGUCAUUUGAGGCACCCAUCAAAUUGGUGUUUCCUCAAGACAUUCUGGAGAAAGGACUAGCUGCAAACAACUUCGCAAUGUUGGGUCUAGGUGACAUAGUUAUACCUGGAAUAUUUAUAGCCCUGCUUCUGAGAUUUGAUGUGAGUCUGAAGAAAGACAGUAAAGUGUACUUCUAUGCUGGUUUUGCAGCUUACUGUCUUGGAUUGCUAACCACCAUAUUUGUAAUGCAUUUCUUCAAGCAUGCACAGCCUGCUCUGUUGUAUCUGGUGCCAGCGUGUCUAGGCGUGCCAAUACUUGUAGCACUGAUCAGAGGAGAAAUUAAAGAGUUGUUUGGCUAUGAAGAUCACUCUGAAAAGGAUGAAAAUGAUCCUAAAAGUGAAGAACAGAAAGUGGACAAGAAGGACAAAUGAUGAUGUGUCAAUUGAGUGAAGAUUUAAUCAAACAGAUUGUUUGCCCUCUUUUUGCUGGUCUUCAGCCUGGUUUAUCAAAAGUUUGGAUGCUAGUAUGAUCUGUGGUGCACAUUUGAGGAUGUUAUGGUACAGUGUUAGGCAAAUGUAGGUGUAUUUUUGAAGACUCAUUGAUAUAAUAUAAAAAAUAAAGGUAAAAUUGUCAGUCUCGUUUGUUAAGGUAUAUUUGUUCGUGUUGUAUAAACUGGGAGCUUUAUUUUUCCAAAUCAUCCUACCGGUUACUAAUAUUAUUACUUAUAUGUAACAGGAUUUGGUUUUCUUUACAUCGUGCAAGUUUGUUUUUCUUUUUUUCUUUUUCUUUUUUUUCCCCCACCAAUUUUCAUUCAAAUAAAGCAUGGAAAAAAAUAAUUUAGCCAUGCAAGUUUUACCUGUAUCAAGGCAGACAUAUGCAUCCAUUUGUUAUGGAACUAAUACAUAAGUUCUACAGAAUUAGUUUCUGUCGUUGUCUUUUAUUUACAAUUCCUUUUAGUAAAUAUUUUUAUAUGAUUUGGUUUUCAUAAAAUUAUAUUAAUAUUUUGUGAGAUUUAUUUUUAGCACAUUUGUAAUUUCUUUUUUUUAUGCAGGGUGUUUUUGAAUUGGUAUUUCUUUAUUGUUAAUGCUGUAACAUGCUAUAUUACCUCUUACAAUGUCUUUGUAUUGUGAAUGCAAAUUUAUUUGACCUGUAAAUGAUUAUUAUUGGUGUUGGGAUAAUAUGUCAAUCGUAAGUAAGUCUGAACAGUGUUUGAGGAACAGUUUGCCCAUACCCUCAUGGUGUGAGUGUGAGUUAAAUGUAAGAUUAUUUGGUUCUUUUUUAUGCAAAUAUUGUUGACUUCUAAUAUCAGUAGUGAGUAUAUAUUUUUAAAUAUUUCUCAUUAUUAAAACAAUCAUGGUACCAUGCCACAGUAUAUUUAAAUUCUGGAAAACCAAAAUACUUGCUCCUGUUUCAUAUGAGGAGUCUAUUUAUUGUACUCUAAAUUGUAUAUUAUGGUGAAUCAUAUAGUAUUAUCUUUGUAGUUCCUAAUUUGAAAUCAUACAUCAAAGCUUGUGUUGAUGGUGAAAUUACUCUUGUGCAAUUGUGCUGAUGGUGAAAUUACAUGCUUAUUGCACAAGUUGUUUAAGAUUUUCUUUCCAGACAUCUUUUGGAUUCAUUGUCCUGAAAGCUCGCUCUUUAAAUUAUUUUUAGGUAUGUAAGUGGUGUGAAUGUAACAUUAUCUUUCUUUCUUUCAAAAAUUGGUGUGUAUUCAUGUUAUAUUAUGAUUACUGUAGAUCCUGAAAUUAAUGUUAGUGAUGGUAGUCAAACUAAAAUGUGACAUAAUUGUAAAAUGAGUGGCCUCCCUUGGAAAUAUUACUUUUGUGUAGCCUUCAGUUAAAUCUGAGGUGCAGGCAUCUUCGAUGAGAUCAAGUAACUAACGAAAAUAUAACAUACAUGUAUAUAUGUUGGUGUAACAGAAAAAUCAACCUCCACUGAGUGGAUUCGAACCACAGACUCUCAAUACAAGAGUUCAGCGCUCUACCAACAGAGCUAAUAGGGAAAUUCCCACAAGCUACUGUUAGUAGUAGCACUUUAUGCCAACAUUACUACAUAGGCGCUACACAUCAAUUAACAUGCUACACUAACAAAGUUGCAGACAAAUUGAACAAUGAAAACAAAGAAACUGACAACAUGGGAUUUAGUAUGCCUAAAAGUAUUCACACAUGGUGUAUCGUGUUGGCAGAGUGGCCAAAGAUUGCAGCAGACACAUGGCUGGCGAUGUGAUAGCCUAUUGGGUACUUAGACUGUCUUGUAAAUGGUUCAUUGUUUUCCAGUUGUGUUCUAUAAAUAACAUUAGUAUUUGAUUUUUUUUUUAAUGACAUAUGACGCAUUACCAUAGACAAAACUUGAAAUAAUGUGAAUAAUAUGGACUCGGGAUUAAUAUUACGAUUGCAUUAAUUUCAGGUACUACAGUAUUUUCAGUUACCAGCAUAAUGUAAUUGUAAAAAGUGUCCAUACUUAUAAACUGACAUGACAUUUUGUCCAGUGUUUAUUUUAAGAGCAUAAAAUGUUUCGCUGGAGUAAAGUUUACCAUAAUGGGUACUUGUUUAACAUUCUCCUUUAGCUUGUUUGUUUAUAAUGUGUGUAGUAAUGACAAAAGCUUUCUGAUGUCUUUACUGUUUGUAAGAACAUGCUUCUGAUUAUUAUAUCCAUUUUUUUAAAUCAUAUUUUUUUUUUUACAAGACAACAUAUUUCAAGAGUUUUUGUUUUAUCUUUUGUUAUGAAAAUAAUGUACAUUUUAUUCUUCUGACCGCAAUGGUAUCAUCUUUUUACUUUUGGAGCUAUUAACAAUUAUCAACAUUUUUAGGAGCAUACAAAUUUUAUACUAGGGGUAAGGAUACCAGCAUACACUUUUAAGACAAAUAAAAAUAUUUCUUACACAAAUUAUAAAUUUGUUUACAUACUCUUUUAGCAGGAGCAGAGUAGUUAUAAAAAAAAAAGAGAAGAAAAAAAAGUAUGGUUUGUAUAUUCCUAAAAUGUUGAUAAUUGUGAUGGGCUCCAUAGUUAUGUUACAUUUUGUAUUUAGUUUUAAGUUUUAAAAAAGUGCAAGGUCAGGAAAACUUUAUACCAACAAUCACUUAGAAUACAGAAACAUUAUUGAUGCAUUUGACCUUGUCCACAAACCACACAUCGUUCAGAAUGUAGCAGCAUUAUUUGAAAAAUGAUGUAUAGUUGUUGUUUUUGUUGUUCAUUUAAAUGGAAAUUGUCAGUGAGUUACUGACUACAUUAGCAUUCACUGUUUAUCGUCAUCUCUUGUUUUGUAUAUUUGGUGUGAAGUGGUAUUAUUCUGUGCCUGUUUUCUCUCUCUAGUUUUGCAUUUGGAAAGAAACUCUUGUCCGACAGACAUCAUUGUUGAAUGUGACUGUGUGUGAUGGUAAACUGAGGGCGUGCAUCUCAAGCUGUGCUAUUUAUUAACAGACAUCAGAUGGUGCUUGCAAAUGUGAAUAAACCAUUUUUGAAGCAGAA